AUGGGACCACUUGGAAGUCGGAACGUGGAAACAAAUGAUAAAGUUGAAUGCUUUUAUCCACGAUUCCUUAUGUUACUUUUAAACGAUAAGAUGACUGAAGCCGACAAGAACUUCUACUUCAAUGCUGAAAGACUCAAUGUCAAACAGACCAGUCUCAAGUUGAUCAACAAACUGGCUAAAGGCACCAAGUACAACGAGGUUCCACUCAUCGUCACUCCUUUCAUGUCGGAAAGGUUUAAUGCUCAACGUGUUCCCUACCAAGUUCAAGUAGCUCAACCACAACAACAUCAACAACAACAACAGCAAGACCAGCAACUUCAACUUCAACUCCAACAACCACCUCAACCUCAAGCUCAACAACAACAAUCACCAGAUCACACCCCUGAACAAUUACCAGUUCAAUCACCUAUCCCCCAACAACAAUAUCCACCAUUUGAAGAUGAGUCUCUACCAUUUGACUUCUUCGAAGCUCAACCAUCUUCAUCUGCACCCAUACAACCUACCACUCAACCACAAUACUCUCCACCAAUUCAAUCAACUUCACAACCACUGCCGUCAGAUUCAGCUAUCGAUCCUGAUCUUCAGGAAUUCAGAGAUGACUUACAGGUAGCUCAGGUACUUUCUGACUUCUCAUCUAACUUUAAUGUUGAUAUCUCUGAUUAUGGUUGUAACUUUGAUUUGUUUUGCAAGCCUGCCAGCAAUGAACCUGACAACACACAGGAACUACUUGGCAAUGUGCAAGUAGAUUUGCCGUCACUUGCUUCCGGAGGACAAUUUGUUCCUCCACUACCUUUGAACCCAUUUCAGGGAACAUUGGUAGUAUACACAGGUAUAUCUGGAGCUAUGAGUGAAUCGAGUGAUGAAAGGCAAACACCGAGCGAUACACAUGCACGUGAGGCCAGUGAAACAGCUCUGAGUAAAGGUGCACAACUGGUCACCUUAGAAAAGAAAGUAGAGGAGGAGCCAUCCAGUUCGUACAGGGAUGAGCUCAAAUCUGAUAUCCAUUGUUUGACUGUCGAGAUGAGAUCCAACCAUGAGCUCUACAUGUCUAAAUUUGAUGAAAUCGACAGCAAACUGGAUCAACUUCUCAGGAACUCCAAGUCUGAUGCUCCAACCUCCGGAGAGGAUCCCUCAACUAAGGGGGGGAAUAGAGUUAAGGGAGGAGAAGACAAAGUAAAAAGCUCCAACCAGAGUAACAAAGGGAACACAAAUACCAACACUUCUGAUUCUGCACCUGGCAGAGAAUCUGAAAAGUCAAAGAUAUAG